AUGAGCAACUUAAUUUCGUCCUUCUUAUUUGCUUUCCUUCAUUUCUUCUUGCUAAUUCACAGUAAACCUCUUGCGCCAGCUCUAUAUGUAUUCGGAGAUUCAUUGUUUGACAGUGGCAACAACAAUCAUCUGCCAACCCUUGCUAAGGCAAAUUACCCACCUUAUGGUCAGAAUUUUGUCCAACAUUUCACCGGGAGGUUCACUAAUGGAAGAACUCUUCCAGACUUUAUAGCUGAACUUCUUGAGCUGCCGUACCCUCCACCAUACCUGAGUAUUAAUGAAUCAAUAACGCUAUCUGGUCUGAAUUAUGCAUCUUCAGCUUGUGGAAUUCUCCCCGAAACCGGAAGCCAACUUGGGAAAUGCUUGAGUUUGGGUCAACAAAUUGAUUUUUUUCAAUCGACAGUUGAGUCAAAGCUGCCUAGCCACUUUAAAAGCUCUAAGGAGCUUUCUAACUACUUGGCAAAGUCUAUAUUUAUGUUAACAAUGGGCAGCAACGAUUACAUUCAAAGCUAUUUUGAACCAACAUUAUUUAGCACAAGCCAAGAUUUUGACCCUCAAACAUAUGCGCAGCUUCUCAUAGAUGCUCUCUCCAAGCAUUUAGAGAGACUAUAUGAAUUAGGAGCUAGGAAGUUAAUAAUGCUCGAAAUCCCCCCGCUUGGAUGCAUCCCACAUUACACAAGGAGAUAUGAACUCACCGGAAAAUGUCAUGAAGAAACAAACCAAAUUGUCUCAUUUUUUAAUAGCAGGCUUCAUCCAAUGCUAAAGAAUUUAACAUCUACUCUUCGGGGCGGGGUAUUCAUCCUUGCUCCAAUAAAUUCAUUAGUUUACGAUCUCAUUACUAAUCCUUCAAAAUAUGGCUUCACUGAUACAAGCAAUCCAUGUUGCACAACUUGGGCAAAUGGGACCUUAUCAUGCAUUCCAUUCCUGGAGCCAUGCCCCAACCCGAAUGCACAUUUUUUCUGGGAUGGUUAUCAUAAUACGGAAACAGGGAAUUCAAUAGCAGCAUCCCUUUGUUUCAACGAUCCGGAAUUUUGUAGUCCUAUAAGCAUUAGGGAGCUCCUACAAAUUUAA